UUUUAAUAUAUUUGUUUAUACCCUAUAGGCCAUUGGACGUAGGUGUAGGUACAUUAUAUAUAUUCAUCUUUUUUAAAUAUUCUAUUUUACAAUAAAUUGUAUUUCAUAUAUAAUUUCUUGGAUUAACAUUAGUUAUACAGUGUCAGAAAUUCAGAAUGUAUUUUUUGUUGUAAUUCACGCGGAUUCUCAAAUUUUUAAAAAUGUAUUUAAAAACCAUUCUUUGUGCUUUUAUUGUUUUAAAUUCUUUGGUCGAAAGCGCCAGGGAAGAGCGUCCUAAGAGCCUUGAUCAAAAAGUACAGCAGCUAAAUGACUUAUACCAAAAGAAAUUUUUGGUUAAAUUUAAUGGUCCUAAGUUUAAGGAAUUUGUUAAAUCACCACCAAGAAACUAUUCAGUUAUAAUGAUGUUCACAGCAAUGGCAUCUCAUAGACAAUGUUCAAUAUGCGGGCAUGCCAGUGAUGAAUUUAUAAUUGUAGCUAAUUCAUAUCGCUAUUCUCAUAGACUUACUGAAAGUCCUUUAUACUUUGGAAUUGUUGACUUUGAUGAAGGAUCUGACAUUUUUCAAUUGUUGCGAAUUAAUACUGCUCCAGUGUUCAUGCAUUUUCCAGCAAAGGGUAAACCAAAACCUUUAGAUACUAUGGACAUACAAAGAGUUGGUUUUGCAUCAGAAAUGAUUGCAAAAUGGAUACAAGAAAGAACUGACGUACAAAUACGAAUAUUCAGACCACCAAAUUAUUCUAGUACAUUGGCUUUAUCUGUCUUAUUUGCAAUAUGCUCAUCAUUUUUAUAUGUCAGGCGAAAUAACAUGGAAAUGUUUUUCAAUAAAAAUUUAUGGGGAGUUUUUUCUGUGCUAUUCUGUUUAAAUAUGAUUUCUGGACAAAUGUGGAAUCAUAUAAGAGGGCCACCACUGAUGCAUCGUAAUCAACAAGGCAUUAUUACAUAUAUUCACAACUCUUCACAAGGACAGUUCAUUGUUGAAACAUACAUCAUAAUUAUAUUGAACACAAUAUUGGUGUUUGGAGCUGUGAUAAUGAUUGAUUCUUAUACAAAGAAAACGGAUUCUAAGACACGUAAAAUAAUGACUGUUGGCGGUUUAGCAUUGGUUGUAUUUUUAUUCAGCGUUAUUUUAUCUAUAUUUAAAUCAAAAGCACAUGGAUAUCCUUAUAGCUUUUUGAUCAAAUAAUGGAGUUUUGAAUAAGAAUCUACUUAAUUUUU